UUCAGUCCAAAAAGUGCAGCAGACAAGGCAACACAGAGAGCUACAGUGAAACAAUCAUUGUUAGACGCUCGCAAAACAAUAAUAACUAAAAAAGAAAAAAUACCGUAUUUUUAUUGCAAGCUUGAGAGAGUGAAUUGGGUGCUUGCUUGUCAGAGCCAGCCAACGGAGCGUCGGUAAAAAAAGAAGAAAAUACGAAAUUAAACUUGAUCGUGGCCAUGAUUUUUGCAAACAAAUCGCAUUAAAAUCUCGUACCGUUGCGUCUGCGCACAAUCUUUGUCGUCGUCUUUUUUUCGGUUCGUAACGAUUCAAAACAAACGACGAAGAAAAAAAUAAACUACAGCUGAUUUUCUUGGCAGCUGUGAGUGUGUGUCUCAGAGUUCAUAAAUUAAGGAAGCCACCACCAACAAAGCAAGUCGCAAAUGUGGGGAACUCAAAACUGCAAACCAAAAAAGUAAAAAUUGUUAACGCUUCAAUUAUCCCGUAAUUCCCCUUUCACCCCGCCCAAAUCCCCGAUACUAGUGAUAACAAAGGAAAUGGCUUCAAAUAUUGAUGCAGAUACCCAGGUGUCCAUAGAAGAACUGCCCAUAACAUUCAAGGUCAAAUAUAUUGGCUCGGAAAUUGCACAGGGUCUGUGGGGUAUAAAAUACACUCGUCGUCCCGUCGAUUUAAUGGUUGGCAUGGCUAAAACUCUCCCACCAAACAAAACAUUACCACACUGCGAACUGAAAGUCUCAACCGAAGGGGUGAGCAUCGAAAUUAUCUCACCCAAGGUCCAGGGUGUGAGCAGCUGGAGUUAUCCCAUCGAUACAAUAUCGUACGGUGUUCAAGAUAUCAUCUAUACUCGUGUGUUCGCUAUGAUUGUGGUAAAAGACGAAUCCCAUGUCCACCCGUAUGAGGUGCAUGCCUUUGUCUGUGAUAGUAGAGCAAUGGCUCGUAAAUUAACAUAUGCCUUGGCUGCGGCAUUUCAGGACUACUCAAGGCGUGUCAAAGAAAACGGUACCGAAGAUAGUGAUAAAAUAACACCCGCCCGACAAAAAUUCGCCAUAGACUUAAGAUCACCCGAAGAAUUGGCCGAUGGUAUUGCGGACGAGACAGAAGCGUAGUUCAUCUGCGAUCCUGUAAACAUUAAUUAUAGUUUUACUUAUACAUGGUGAAUAAUUAACUAGUUUUAAAGCUGUUCGGAAAAAAUAACAAAUAACAGAGAUGAAGUCCCUCAAAAUUGUAAGGACCACCAGUACUUUGUACUCUACACAGGAAAAAGGUCACCUGAGUCCAUAUAAAUAUAAACUCAACGUCAAAGUGUCAAUUCAUGACAAUGAUUUUAGCAGUAUUUGCAUCAAACAUUUUAGUUGAUGGUUGAGUAAGUUAAGGUUCUUAUGCAAGCCACACACGAUACAACCGUUCUUAAAACUUGGAGGGUAUCCAAGUUGUAUGCUUCGACCACAAACGAUACAACUUUAUGUACAGCCUCUUUAUACAACUUCACUUUGCAGUAGUACCACGUAGUACUUUUCGAACAAUUUUAGCACACUUUUCUAAAACCACGUAAUCCAGCAUUAUCGGUUCACACAAAUCCAAGUUGUACCAGAUUUAGUACACAAAUGUACGAAUUUUCAAAACUUCCUAAAUACCAAAAUCCUAUACUCCAAAUUUCCAAAACUACUUUCGUACCUCAAUCAUGAAAUCCUAUAGAAAUCUCAUUACCCAAUUUCAGGAGUCCAGCCUAUUAAAUUUAGUACUUAUGUGUACUAAACAUAAGUACGAAUGUCCAUAGCUUCCUACACUCCCACAGUAAUUCCAAAGUUCGCCUAAAUACAAAUGUUGCCAAAAUUUAAUAGCAUAUAGUACAAAUAAGUAUGACUUUCCGAAACUUCCUACAUAACCCAAUCCUACACGCCAACAGUAAUAUUAAUUCCAAAUUUCAAGAUUUUAGCCCUAUCGGUUCCACAAAAGACAAAUUGUACUAAAUUUGGUACUAUUUAGUACACUUAAGUACGAAUUUCCAUAGCUUACUACAUACCCCGAUCCUACACUCCCACAGUAAUACCAAUUCCAAAGUCCAGCAUUCCCUACUUAUCGGUUCGCCCAAAUACAAAAUUUAGUAGCAUAUUUAGUACAGAUAACUAUGACUUUCCGGAACUUCUCACAUAACCCAACAACACCUAUACACCAACAGUCAUCUUAAUUCCAAAUUUCAGGAAAUCAGCUCUAUUGGUUUACGUAAAUCCAAAUUGUACCAAAUUUAGUAGAUUUUAGUACAUAUAAGUACAAAUUUCCCCAACUUUCCAAAUUGUACCAAAUUUAGUAGAUUUUAGUACAUAUAAGUACAAAUUUCCCCAACAUCCUACAUAUCUCAAUCCUACACUACGACAGUAAUGGUAUUUCCAAAUAGGAGAACAGCUCUAUUGAUUCAACCAAAUCCAAGUCGUGCCAAAUUUAGUAAACUUUAGUACGAAUUCUCAUAACAAGCUUCAUCAUACACUCCAAAAGAAGUUUUAAUUGCAAAUUUCUGGAUUACAACUCAAACGGUUCACCCAAAAUUUAAAUUGUACCAAAUUUAGUGCCACGAAUUUCUAAAACUACCUACAUUCCUCAGAUCUGGAAUGCAAUAGUAAUAUUAUUUCUAAAUUUAAGAAUUCCUGCUCUAUCGAUUCACCCAAAUCGAAAUUGUGCCAAAUUUAGUACCAUUUAGUACUUUUCUUGCACAUAAGUACUAAUUUCGAAAACUUCUUCCAUUUUCUAAUCCUACACUCCGCCCGUAAUUAUAAUGUCGAAGUUUAGGAUACCAACCCAUCCGCUCCUUCAAAUACAAAUUGUACUAAUUUUAGUACGGUUUUAAACUUUUCGUACUACUACCUCCUUACAUCGACUCUACUCCUCAACCUAAAUUCCCGUUCACAUCAUACGAAAUGGUACUACAUGUAGUACAUUUUAGUACUUUUCGCAUUCAAGAUUGUUUCGUUUGUGAGCCGGGAAAUUUUGGAAUUCGAAUUUCCAAAAACUCUUACCAUACCAAAAAUCCAGCCUUAUAUGACCCCUUCGGAUCAAGAGUGACCCUCACCCAAAAUUUCCCGGCCCACAAACGAUAGAAUCUUGAAUGCAACCUUUUCAAGUUGUACAAUCGUGUGUGGCUUACAUUCUGCAUGUACAGUUGACUCAUCUACAUGCAAUAUAAAUUUUUCCAAUAGUUUAUUCUAAUUCCAUUCACCUUUGUACAUCUUGCCUAUUUUCAACAAUGAUUGUAAAAGUAUUUAAGAAUUGUGAUUUUAAAGUGUUGUAUUUAAAGAAAUGUAUUUUAGUUACUUCUGUGUGCUUUAUUAAAAAUGUUAGGAAAAUUAAGUCGGAAAAGGUUCGGUUUCGUAAUAUUUUGUUGUUUUAAAACGUAUUUGUAGCAUUUAUUAUUUGUAUAUCAUGUACAUUUUUUGUACAAGAAGUGUGCACUAUGAUAUUUUUUAUUUUAAUUUGUUGUAAUAAUUUCAAUCUAAAAUAGAGUAGUUUCAGUUGUGUAAACACAAUAUUCAAUGAAUGUCAAUUGUAGAUACCGCUAAUCGUCAUACAGCUAAAAUCCAAAGUUCAAUAAACUGUAUAUUUUAAUGGUGUUCUACUUUUGUAAUUUUAAAUGUAAAUUUCGUCAAAUAAAAAAACCAAAUCUAUGUUAAA